CAGAGAUGACGCAACAGAGCAGGAGAGCGUUGGUUAAGACGAGGAUGGAAGGAAAUUCUUCUUUGCAGCCACGGAGCUGAGAGUUCCACCACAAACAACCUUCUAUAAAUAGCUUCCAAGCUGCAGACAUCUUCCCUUCGAGCUGUUCUGUUCGGAGUGGUCGGUGUUGUUGCGACGAUUAGCAGGGAGAGCGACAGAGGAACAAUGUCGGGUCCUCAGUGCUGCGCUAAUCCUCCGUCUCUCAACCCGACCUGCGGGUCGGGCCGCGUGGAGAAGAUCGCCGGCCUCAGUACUUACGUCACCGGGCUGCCUGAUUCCAAGCGCACCAUUCUUCUCGUGUCUGAUAUAUUUGGAUAUGAAGCUCCAAAUUUGAGGAAACUCGCGGACAAGGUUGCAGCAGUUGGGUUCUAUGUGGUCGUGCCCGACUAUUUUUAUGGCGAUCCUUAUAACCCUGAAAAUGCUGAGAGGCCUGUCCCAGUUUGGAUAAAAGAUCAUGGACAACAUAAGGGAUUUGAAGAUACAAAACCGAUCAUUGAAGCUCUGAAAAGCAAAGGGUUAUCUCCCAUUGGUGCUGCCGGCUUUUGCUGGGGUGCCAAGGUAGUGGUCGAACUGGCAAAGUGUGAGCUCAUUCAUGCUGCGGUGCUAUUACAUCCUUCAUUUGUCACUCUUGACGAUAUCAAAGCGGUUAAGGUUCCGAUUUCAGUGCUGGGAGCUGAGAAAGAUCAGAUGUCUCCCCCCGAACUCGUGAAACAGUUUGAGGAGGCUCUUGCUGCCAAACCCGAGGUUGAUGCGUUCGUGAAGAUCUUCCCAAAAGUUUCGCAUGGAUGGACGGUGAGGUACAAUGUAGGGGAUGCAGAGACCGUGAAGUGUGCUGAGGAGGCGCACCAGGACAUGACUGAGUGGUUCGUGAAAUAUCUCAAGUAAAAAACGAAAAGAAAAGAAAAGAAAAAUGCCGCGUAUUAGAAUUAUAUGGACAAAGCAGUAUUUUGGUAAUAAAAAUCGAGUAUGGUGUAGUUUGUAUAUUGGAUAUAUGAACGUUUGCCCGUUGCUGGGAGGGGAGCUCUCCGGAAGGGGACUUCAUUUGUAACAGUUGUGAAUAAGGAAUAAAAUUAUCUGUGGGCUCGUGACCUUGAGGUUGGUCUUCAUUUCACGACCGAGGAAUUCGGGUCGAAGGAUGGAUAAAGAUCGAUAGAUGUAAUUGAUUUCUUGUAUUGGGAAA